AUGGGUCCAUAUAUUGAACUUGCCAAGCAAAUGGCCAUUCUGGUCGCCGAGAGCUCAACUGGCGAUGCAGCAUCGUUUUAUCCUUCAACGUACAUUUUAUCUCCAUUCAACGACCCUACCACUGGUUUCCUAACAGUUACAAAUGAUUCUUCAGUACGAAUUAAUGCCAUUAGUGCAUUGACGGCUAGUGGUGGCGGUGAUGCACCUAAAUUGUACUAUCAUGGUGUCAAUGCUGCGAUGAGUAUUUGCGAACGUGAUUCGAGCAUUUAUACAUUUACAGAUGCUUCAGCUAAAGAUGAAUAUCUUCGAAAUCAAGUAUUCAGUCGAGUUCUGAAACUCAGCAUUCGCGUGUACUCAUUCUAUGCUGGUGCUAGUCUCAAUGGUCAAAUAGAAAUUAUUGCUAAUGAUCAAGGUAAUCGAAUUACGCCAUCUUAUGUAGCAUUUACAUCUGACGGUGAACGAUUAAUUGGUGAUGCAGCUAAAAAUCAAUUGACAUCAAAUCCAGAAAAUACUGUAUUCGAUGUUAAACGUCUUAUUGGUCGUGAAUUUAAUGAUCCAAGUGUCCAACAAGAUAUCAGACAUUUUCCAUUUACAGUCAUCGAAAAGAAUUCGAAACCAAUAAUUCAAAUUAAUACUGGUAAAGAACAAAAACUGUUUACACCAGAAGAAAUCUCAGCUAUGAUUCUCGGAAAAAUGCGUGAAACUGCUGAAGCUUAUCUUGGAAAGAAAGUUACUCGCGCUGUUGUUACUGUUCCAGCUUAUUUCAAUGAUGCACAGCGUCAAGCAACAAAAGAUGCUGGAACAAUCGCUGGUCUGAAUAUAAUACGUAUUAUCAAUGAACCAACUGCUGCAGCCAUCGCUUAUGGCUUAGAUAAAAAAGAAGGAGAGAAAAAUAUUCUUGUCUUUGAUUUGGGUGGUGGAACAUUUGAUGUAUCAUUAUUAACUAUUGAUAAUGGUGUAUUUGAAGUUGUUGCAACAAAUGGUGAUACACAUUUAGGUGGUGAAGAUUUUGAUCAACGUGUUAUGGACCAUUUUAUUAAAUUAUUUAAAAAGAAAACUGGUAAAGAUGUUCGAAAAGAUAAUCGUGCUGUACAAAAACUUCGACGUGAAGUUGAAAAAGCUAAACGAACAUUAUCAUCACAACAUCAAACUAAAAUUGAAAUUGAAUCAUUUUUUGAUAAUGAAGAUUUCAGUGAAACAUUAACACGUGCUAAAUUCGAAGAAUUAAAUAUGGAUUUAUUUCGAUCAACAAUGAAACCAGUACAAAAAGUUUUAGAAGAUGCUGAUUUGAAAAAAUCAGAUAUUGCUGAAGUUGUUCUUGUUGGUGGUUCAACACGUAUUCCAAAAGUUCAACAAUUAGUUAAAGAAUUCUUUGAUGGUAAAGAACCAUCACGUGGUAUUAAUCCUGAUGAAGCUGUUGCAUACGGUGCUGCUGUUCAAGCUUGUGUUUUGUCAAGAGAAGAUUGUUAUGCAAAUAUCGUUUUACUUGAUGUUAAUCCAUUAACAUUAGGUAUUGAAACAGUUGGUGGUGUAAUGACAAAGAUUAUUCCACGAAAUACAGUUAUACCAACAAAGAAAAGUCAAAUCUUUUCAACAGCUGCUGAUAAUCAACCAACAGUCACAAUUCAAGUAUUUGAAGGUGAACGCCCAAUGACAAAAGAUAAUCAUGUUUUGGGUAAAUUUGAUUUAACUGGUAUUCCACCUGCACCACGUGGUGUUCCACAAAUUGAAGUUACUUUUGAAAUUGAUGUUAAUGGUAUUCUUAAAGUAACUGCUGAAGAUAAAGGAACAGGAAAUAAAAAUAAUAUUGUUAUUAAUUCAAAUACAAAUCGAUUAUCACCAGAAGAAAUUGAUCGUAUGAUUAAAGAUUCAGAAAAAUUUGCAGAUGAAGAUAAAAAAGUAAAAGAACGUGUCGAUGCUAAGAAUGAACUUGAAUCAUAUGCUUAUUCAUUGAAAACUCAAUUAAGUGAUAAAGAAAAACUUGGUGGAAAACUUUCUGAUUCUGAUAAAACAUCAAUUGAAUCAGCAGUUGAAGAACAAAUCAAAUGGCUUGAAUCAAAUCCAAUGGCUGAAGUUGAUGAAUUAAAAGAACAUAAAAAACAACUUGAAGAAGUUGUAAUUUUAAUCACAGAUAAAUAA